AUGUCCCGUGGCGCUGGCACGACACCCUCGCGUUUACCCCAAAGCCCCGCAGUGGCGGAUAACGACAACGACAACGAAAAGGAGAAAGAAAAGGAAAAGGACAUUCAUGUGAAUAGCGAUAAGGACACGCCCCUUGUGCAUGGACAUAUGCUGUACAACACCACUGUGCGCUCAUUUACAGACCCGCGACCGGUGAUGCUGCGCGUUCCGCUGCGCACGCCGCGUCGCGAUGGGGUGGACACUCACACCUCUCCAAAUGGCGAUAAGGGUGGAAGCAACCGAAACUACAAUAGCAACAACGAUAAUAAUAGUAAUAAUAACAACAACAUCAAUAGCACAGAGAGAAUGGGUGGGAAUAACACGAAUCUUACCCUCUUGAAAUCACCCGCUCCUGCGCCACCUGCUUUUCUUCUGACAGAUGAGAAAAACCAUGAGGCACGUCAGGUGUUGAAUUCACCAGCACGAUUUACAUUAAGUCCAGCAGUAGAAACAGCUACAAGAGCUGCAACAACAACAACAACAACAACAGCUCUUCGGCGUAGCAGUAGUACUAUUUUGGUUUCCCCACGACCUUCACCGCCAAGAAGAACUGAUAGAGAAUCAGCACAACGUGAAGUGAAAUCCUCUAGUAGACGACAUGUGAGAAUGAGGCUAUCACAGAGAAGUAGUAGUGACAGUAGUAGUAGUAGUAGUGAUAAUAAUGAUAAUAAUACUCGUGGGAGAAGGAAUCGCACUAGUGGACUUGUCCAUUCUGAACGUAGACCAAUAGGUGAGCUCCUCAUUGCUGUUCCCCCACGACGUCGAAUAACAAGUCCUCUACAGCAUCUUCUAGUGUACAAUAAUAAUGAUAAUAAUAAUAAUGACGCACAUAUGCAAUAUCGUGUUUCAACCCCACAACGGGGAAAUACGACUUCUCGUGAUGCUGUGCGUUUUUCGCAACUACCGCGCCCACCAUUCUCUAGUGGAGGGCAGCACAUGUUGCCAUCAUCAUCUACAUUGGAAACACCUCCAUUAACUAGUGAUGCUGAAAGAUUAUCACCCACCUCACUCCACUACUCACUACCGCGGGAUACUCGAAGCAAAUCCUUAUCCUUAUCAUCAUCAUCAUCAUUGUCGUCAUCAGUCACUACAUCCGCUGCGCGAAGACAACGGAAUAGAGGAAUGCAAAAUAUGGGUAGAAAUUCAAAAUCAUCAAAGCAUAGUGUGAUCUACCCACUACUUCGUGAAAAUGAGGGAUGGACCACUUCAGAUGAAGAGAGCAGUAAUAGUAGCAUGAAUAAAAAGAAAAAAAGGAGAAAGCAAAUAAUUACCAGUGGAAGCCCUUCUCUGGAAAUGGAAGAACGUAAAAGAUCUGCAAACUCUGAUAAAUCACUGCGAAACAGUUCGAGAAAUGUGACAAGUGAACCUCAGUGUUUGCCCACAUCUCGAACUUCUCUCACUCAAACUACACAAUCUGGAAGUAAUAGUAGCAACAAAUCGCGCCGUGCACGAUCAGCAGUACCUGCGAAGUCUGAACUCAUGAAAGCAUUUCAUGAACUUCAGUUAGAAAAGGAGGCUGUAGUGUUAAUGGAAUAUGAAGAGAAGGGACGUCGAACCAUUCGUGAUGCUUAUAUUAAAGGAAUGCGCCGAAUGUUGCUUGAACACACAUUUCAGCGAUCUAUGCUCUUAGCAUCUGGAGAGAGGAAUCAACCCCAAACCUCUUCUUCUUGUUAUUCUUCCUACAGUUAUUCCUCUCCACAGCGUCGUAGUAAUAUGCAAACUAGACCAGUAGUACAGGGAGAAUGGAAUGAUGGGAAACAUUCAAGAAAAGAUAAUAUCAUCAAAUCCGGAAGACACUCAAGUACACGAACUUCUCCAAAUGAAAAAGUACUUGGGUCUACUACCACUAAUCGAUCGUCACGUUCGUCUGUAGAGGUGAUUUCCGGAAAAAAUAAAAAGAAGUUUUUGAUAGCAUCAUCAACUCCCACUAAAAGAGAAGAAGAAAAGCCACAAGAAGAAGGAAAAACAAAGUUAUUAAGUAAACAACAACAACAACAACAACAACAACAACAACGAGAAGAAAAACAUGAACAUGAACAUGAACAACAAUGUAGUGUUGGAAGUAGUAGUAGUUUGAGAAAAGUAACAAAAUAUACUUCUCCUAUUCGAGAUGAUGUUAAUGAAAGUAUGGAUGAUAUACAACGUACUAUGCGGGUAUUUGAGAUUGAACUUCUCCGUAUGUUGUCAGAAGAAAUUAAUGAAAGAAAAUUUCUUAUAGAAAAUGAGAGUGCUAAAUUUUAUCUCCUCUUGCGUUAUCACCGUAUAAUGGAAGCAGCUAUGCAGCCAACACCUAUUUAUUUACAUGAGGCAUGUGAGUGGCAGAGUAUCUUAACUGAAGCUACGAAUGAACUCCAUCGUUUACAAAGCGGAAGAAUUGAACUUGAAAUUCAACAAAGACUUCAAAUUGCUCGUGAUUGUGCCCAUCGUAUUGCUGCAUUAAUAAAUAACGAAACACAAAUACGAGAAAAGGAAUUACGACAGGCAGAAUUACAAGAACGUCGAGAUUUGGCACGACUCUUUCAUUUAGGUCUUGCCGCCUUAUUAGAAGUACAGGCCUGUUACACUAGACAACAUGAGAGACAGAAAGCAAGUCGCAUUAAUAUUAUUCUACAAGAAGAAGUUCGAGAACGUGAAAUGAUACAUAUUAACGAACUUCGUUCUCGUAGUAAAUUAUACCGAAGAAUUGAAGCCGAAUAUCAUGAAGAUAUUCAUACUAAUAGAAAUGUAGAAACGACUACGGUAUCGCAUCAGGAAAAAGAUGUAACUGUUGGUGAAAUACCUAUUGAACUGAGUGACAUUACAUCUAUUAAAGGUGAUCGAUCAUAUAUGACAGCAGAAAUAGAAGUACAACAGAUCCCAUCUCAAUCAGAGAUAAAAAAUGUAAAUACGACUACGUUUUCUACCGUACAUUCAGGAAAUACUAGUGCAGUACAUCCUGUUCUCAUUGAAAAAAGUGCUGGUAAUGAUGAUGGUUACAGUUUAUCGUAUCCAGGAAAUGAACAAAACGUAGAACGUUUCUUCUUUGAAUGGAACCCAACAUCCAAUACAAUUCCUUCUAAUACACAUAAUAGCAAUACAACAAUAACAACUACAGGUACAGGUACAGGAACAGCUGCAGUUGGGGGAACUCAUUCAUUAGUAUUGAAUUCAUCCUCUGGAGAACAAGUUCGACCUUGGACAAUAUCUUCUCCACCUCCGCGUAGUAUUCCACAUACUAAUACAACUACAGAUAGUACUUCAAAGUACAAUAAAGGUAAUACUGAUACUACAGGUACCACUGCAACUACUACGUUAGUGACAAACACUUUACCAUAUAAACCUAAGAAAGGUAAAAUAAAGCAGUAUAUGCAUCAUCAUAUGGAUAGUCCUUCCUCUAGAAUGCCACACUCUACGCCAGAGGUAUCGAAAGAUUCAUAUAAUAUUGCAGAACCGUCUAUAUUGUCAGUGGAAGACUCAUUUCUCAGAAAUACCACACAUCGUGAUAUUGGUAUUACGGCAAAUCUUUCAUCUCAGCCUACGUCCCAGUUGAGGUCUAUUUGUGAGUCAAGGCCACCCAACUGUCAUUUAGUGCCAUGUUCACUGAAGAAAAAGGAGAAAACGCAAUUGUCAACACAUAGUCACAGUCGAUGUUCCGCCACACCGUUACCCGUUACUAAACUGCGUGGAGAAAAGUCAACACUGCGAGUGUCGUGCGGUACACAACUAACACCGCCAACCAGACGUCCUUAUCAAGAUGAUGUUAUAUUUGAUGGGACACCACAAAAAUGUCAGAAACAUUUUGAGGAAAAUGAAUUACUGUCGUUAUCACCAUCCUCCACAACAACAUCAUCAUAUGUAGAAACAGGGGUAGAUGUAGAAGCAAAUAAAAAGGUAAUAAGUGAACCUUCUGAGGAAUCUGUAAGUUCCUCAUGUUCAUCAUUCUCAUCUUUAUCACAGAGUAAUAGUCAACAAUACCGUCAAAACCCUCAUGGUUUUAAAGGGAAAAAAGAAGAGAAAGAGGAAGAGAAUGUAGAACUUUUUGAUAGCGUAGAAGAGUUAGAGGAACCUUGCAACUGGAGUCAAACUUCGAUUGAUUUUGAUGAGAAUUACAUGGACGAGAAACAAAGAGGAAAUAAGCUUGGGGAAGAAGUAAUAAUAAGGGACUCUGACUCUAAGGGUUCCCCAGUAGCGGAUAUUUUUGCUACUACCUGUGGUAGAGAAGCUAAAGAAAAUAGAAUGAGAUCAGAAAGAACAGUUUCUCGAACCUCUGAUAUAGCAAGACGUGCGAGUGAGACUAUGCCUGAAGUUUCACUUUCUACAAUGCACGAAGCCACCGCAGCAGGUAGUGUUGAUUAUCAUGAUAAUGAAAGAAAUGGAAGUGGACAAAGAUCUGCUGCUGUUGUUCUUCCUCCUCCCCCUCCUCCUCCUCCUCCUCCUGUUAUUACUACUACUACUACAAGUACUAACAAUAAUGAUAAUAAUGAUACUUCACAGAGUGAUGUUUCUUCUUGUUCUUCGCUUGAUAAUAACGUAACGGCCAAUAUAGGGCUUAAUGUAAAAAUGGAUGAUAACCGAGAAACCUAUGUAGAUGAUUAUAAUAAGGAAAAUCUUUCUGGUUAUUUCGGUAGACUACCUUCUUCUGAAGAGGUUAUGGCUCCUCUUGAAAAAUGUCAGUGUGAAUGUGUUUCUAAUUACCCUCCAUUUAAUUAUAUGCGCCCAACCAUGUCAUGGCGACGUCAGCAUGAAGAACUUGAAUGGCGGGCUUUACAACGUUCUUCUAGGAGUCGAAAUAGUAACAAUGUCAAGUGGACAUCCGUUAAUAUUCUUCAAUCCCCUAGUCGACGACGAUCUCAGAGUAACCCAUCACAACACUUGAAACGAAUUCCAUUUGAAGAAGGACCUGGAGUAUGGGGAGAUUUGGAGUUACAACGUAGACCCUUCGCUUAUGAUCCACUUGGUGAAAAGGCAUACAAAGCAAGUGAACGUCUACAACCAGAAUCAUCUAUUACUACUACUAUUUGUUCACCACGUCAUCGACAAGAUGCGGCUCGACGAUUCAUGAGUGAAGGAUCUAGUGUCCGUGGUAAUUCAAGACGUUCUCUUUCAAGACACAGUAGUCCAAUUCCAAGUGAAUCACCAGUUGAAGAUCCAGUGGUUUUAGCAUCUCUUCAGGGAAUUAUAGAAGAACGGGAGGUUUCACCCAAGCGUGUUGCUUCCACUCCAAUGUCAAGAAAUACAGGAGCAGUAGCAAGAGAUGGUUCUCCUAAUCUAAGAUCUAAUGAAAAAUUAUUUGGUAUUAGAAAACGAUCUAAAACUCCUUCAUAUGUUGAUGCCUUUUUUAAACAAGACCGCGAAGUUGUUGGUCGUCGCUGUUUUCUAGCUGCAUUACAACAUGGACCAGUACUACGAGACUCUGUACGAAAUGAAACUCCAGUACGUACUGGUAUGUCAGCAGCGAAAACUACACCCCAUCGUCGGCAUUGUCUACAUCAUCAGCGAUGUAGUGAAAAUACUCACGGUAAUACACCUGAUAUUGUGUUGUCACCUGGUACAUUACGUGGAAGCUUUUCUCGUUCUUCUUGGAGUCCACAACCAAAACCGUGGCGCUGA